UCCAAAAUGGCUGCGCCCGUAGGAAACGUGUGCGAUUUGUUAUUUAAAACGCUAUUUCAGGAUUAUUCAGCGAAGCAGAGUACUAGCAUUGCGCUGAAAGAUGUUCUUAGCAUUUUUGGAUCUAAUCAGAUCCUUUCCUCAGUGGAAGGUGGAGGCAGUAUGCAGGAAAUGGCCAGUUAUAUACACAGUUGCCUUGGUAACAGCAAACAAAGGGCAGAGGGACUUCUCUUGCUGAAUACUGUAGUGAAACAGUGUACCACAGAUGUAUUCCAGCAAAAUGCUGGUACCUGGAUCAAACUUCUCAUACAGAUAUUACAGGGUCACUCUCCAGUAUCAGUGUAUUCAGCCAGCUGCCAUGUUCUAGGGGAGAUAAUCCAAUUCUCUAAAUCAUUUUCUGACUUGUCAAGGGAGGUAACAACAACUGUUAUACCACAACUGUUGCCAUUGCUGAUUGCUGCCCCUGCAGAGGUGACAGACUCUGCCAUAUUGUGUAUUAAUGCAUGCAUCAGAAGUUAUCCUGGACCCGUUGGUCCAUUCAAGAAUAAAGUGGAAAGUCUGAUCCUUCAGCAGUUAGAUAAAAAUACAAAUACAGAGGUAGUGCAGAGAUGUUAUGCACUGUUAUCCCAGUGUGGGCCUGGUGGUUCAGCAGGUAUCAAGCACACAGAGGCCUGGACUCAGCAGUGUGAUAGAUUGAUAGGGAGUCUCCAGUCAACUUUGGCUGUACUGUAUGAAGGAUUAGAGUCAGAAUUCACACUUCAUGGGAAGGAGAGAGCAAACUUAGAUUUAUCAUCAAUAGAGUGGGAUCAGAAAGAUAGAGUUACUGCCCUUGUUGACAGAUGGCGUACAUUGGCAAGCUGCUUGGAGUUUAUGUUAAGUGAGGAAACUUAUACUGUAAUGAAGGUUCCAGCAGAGGAUAUUUUAGAGCUGGUUUUCAGAUGUUUAUCAGUUAACUCCACAAUUCUGGUACAGAAACCCACACAAGAGAGAUGUCUGUUGGCUAGCCUUAUACCAGACAUUCAUAUUUGUGCUCUUGGUAUGCUCAAACAGUUGAUCCUGUUAUGUAGAAGGAAUCUAGUACCACACUGCAACAGUAUAGUCAGUGCACUAUGUCAGGAACUUGUAUGGACACAGACCAGUAACCAUGGAUACAGUAAACAAUAUGGGGUUUUGAGACAGAAAGUGUAUGGUGUAUUGACAGUCUGGAUGAAGGCACUUGAUGGCUGUUCUGGUGUAUUACUAGAGGAGACCACUCUUGUCAAACAUUUACUACAAGAUUGUGCUCCCUUUACAGACACAUUUCAGUUGACGGCAGAGAAGAGCAGCAGUAAGGUGGGAGAUGCACCGUCCAAGAAGAAGAAGAGGAAAGGUUAUCAGGAGAUAAGUCAGGGUAUCAGUACACAGAGAAAGAUCCAUCCACAUGCCAACAGUCAGCUGGUUACUGCAGCCUUAGAUGCAUUAUACUGGUUGAUCACUACAUCUGGCAGUGAGAUGAAUGGCAAGAAGUUGCAGGAGAUUGUUGGUUUCAUUAUCCACACCCUGUUCCUGGUUCAGCAGAGUAGAGAACCCCCUGUGCCCUAUUCUUGUGUCCAGUGUAGAAAGGGUCUCUAUACAGUCCUGCAAGCCUGUGUGUUGUUGCCACACCCAAAGUCACCUUCACCCCUACAGUGUGCUUUACAGCUGUUUUCAUCUGGUUGUCUCGAUAAAUGCUUGGAGGUGUCUUCAUAUUGCGUAGAAGCUGUGAGGAAUUGUGAAGUUAUGAUACAUGCAAGAACACCGUGUUUGAAUGGACCAGUUGUUUGCGAAAACCUUAUUCAUGUUGGAAGUGUUCUACCUGAAGCUCUGGCUGAAACUGGGCAUUUUAGCAACAUGUUAACUUCGAGUAAGAUGAAUGGUAUUGAUAAGGUUCAAGGUGAUAACAAAACAGAAAAUAUGGAUACUGGUAUAAGUGUAGAAAGCGAUAGUGAUACUAGAUUAAAAAGAAAUAGAAAUGCUGCUGGAAUGGACUGUGAUGAAGGUGAUGAUUCUAGUAAACAGUUAAAAACUGAAAGUAAUGAAGUUACAGAAAAUAAUGAUGAUAAGGGUAAUGAUAAUGACAUUUCUAUAGGAACAAAUAUUGGGAAAGAUACAGGAAUUGUACAGGAAGUGGUUAUUGAUUCAGAGUCGGACAGUGAUGAUGAUGUAAAAAGUAUUGGAAAUGAGGGAAUAAACAUUGAAAGUAAAAAAGGAACUUGCGAAGUAGAGCAAGAAAAAGCUAGAACUGUGACAGACAGUGGUGAAAAUGAAGAAGAAAUGAAUACAGAACCAGCUGAUGUUCCUGAAAACCUAAAGGAUAAAACUGUUGUAAAAUCUGUGACUUAUGAUACUGAAGGGGGUAACAAGAUGAAAUCUGAGGAACAGGAUGAGGUUGUUUCCAGUAAAGAUGAUGAAUGCAUUGAUGAGGAUGCUCUUGUUGAUGACGAUGAUACUAAUAAAUCAAAAGUUGAAGAAAAUAAGGCCCCAAACCAUGAUGUAACCAGCAUGCUGUCAGCCUUUGUUGAUGCAGAUCCAGAUUCUGAUUGAAUUAUGCACUGAAACUAACUGAAAAUUCAAGAAAAAUAAACUAGCUGAAACCCCAA